AUGGACGAAAAAGCGCCGGAGCUUCACCAGCUGGAAAGCCAAACCGACAGGCCAGAGGGGGAUCUUCCAGCGUACGACGAUGCCGAAACCUGCCGGAUCCUGCGCAAGGCCGAUUGGCGCGUGAUUCCGUGCCUCGCCGCCAUGUACCUUGUGUCAUUCAUCGAUCGUUCCAACAUCGGCAAUGCCAAGGUGGCGGGAAUGAACAAAGAUCUCCACAACAUCGCCCUCACGGCCUUCUUCAUCCCAUACGCGCUGCUCGAAAUACCCUGCAAUGUUAUUCUCAAGCUCACCCGGCCCAGCAUAUGGAUGCCAUCAAUCAUGCUCGCUUGGGGCAUUGUCAUGACCUUGACGGGGAUUGUGAAAGACUUUAAGGGCCUUGUGAUUUGCCGUGUGUUUCUCGGCAUCACAGAGUCUGGCUUCUUUCCAGGCGCAACAUACCUUCUUACCGUUUGGUAUCGACGGUAUGAGGUGCAGACUCGAAUGGUCGUCUUCUACGCCUCAGUGUCUCUCUCCGGCGCUUUCUCCGGGCUCCUUGCCUACGCCAUCCAGCACAUGGAGGGCAUCGCCCACCUGGGAGGGUGGUCAUGGAUAUUCAUACUGGAAGGCCUCGCCACCAUCGUCAUAGCAAUUUGCAUGUACAUUUUCUUGCCCGACGGGCCGGCUACAGCGAAAUUUCUCACGCAGGAGGAGAAGCGCUUCAUCAUCACGCGCCUCGAAACUGAAACGGGCUCCGGCGAGGGUAGAACGACUAACAGCGACAAACUCACUGUGCGCCAAGUGAUGGAGGCAUUGAAAGAAUGGAGGAUAUACGUCGCAGUGGUGAUCUACUGGGGCAACACGGUCGCAGUCUAUGCUUUCUCGGUAACAAUUCCGACCGUCAUCCGAGAUCUGGGCUACAGCGCAGCGAACGCACAACUCAUGACCAUCCCUGUCUAUGUCUGCGCCAUGAUUUGUGCCGUGGUGAGCGCCAUGUUGUCUGAUCGCUACAAGCAAAGAUCGAGCUUCAUCUUGGGAGCAUGCGUCACGGCAGCGCUUGGCCUUCUAGCCUUGAUCGCGUCCCCGCAUCCCAACUACCCAGGCCUGACGUACGGCUUCUUAUUUCUGGCCGCCAGCGGCCUGUACUCCGUAAUCGUCCCAGCAAUCUGCUGGAUCGCAAACAACCUUGCUCCUUCAGGGAAGCGCGCGGUCGGUAUGGCAAUGCUGAUUUCGGGAGGCAACCUCGGUGGCAUUGUUGGGAGCAACAUUUUCUUGGAGAGAGAGGCACCUCACUAUUGGUCCGGGUACGGCGUAUGUCUCGCCGUCGUUCUCGCAGCCAUUGUCUCGGUGUUGGUCUUGCGAUGGAGGUACAAGAAGGACAACACCGCCCGCGACAAGAUGACUCUCGCGGAGAUCAGGGCCAAGUACACGGACGAUGAGCUUGUUCGCCUGGGAGAUGCGAGUCCGCUUUGGCGCUAUACUCUCUAG